CUCGUUCUCUAUUGGCUGUAUACGGUGUAGUAAAUAACGUUCAGCAUACACAACAGAGGCUCCCGAGUUUGAUCGAGAAUGUACGCCGGAUUUGUAAAAUAAGAGCAAGGUUAUAAUGUUUUCCGUCAGGUGUUUAAAUUUGAAUGAUGAAUAGAGCCUCACAGGGCCUGCCCGACUUGCGUAAUUUGCAUCUUAAAGAGGAAUUUGUGGAGUUUGAUGUAACUCUCUGCCUGGGUAAGUAAACUCGGAAGAGAAGGCAGUCAUUGUCUUUUAUUUUACUUAACCCACUCAGAUAUAAACACGCCAGUGCACGAUGUAAACCAAACCCACGUUGAAACAAGAACUGUAUCCUGCGGUCGUUGAUGCCUCAUCGGUCACCUUCAAAAGUUGCUAUGAAAUCCAGCGGAUCUGUGUUUACAACGCAGAAUCCCUUUCCACCAGCAUCCAAAGUGAGAAGGGCACACUACCACCCAUCCAGGAACCAACCCCUGUCAAAGAACGAGAAAAAAACAACUCUAAGUCCUGUACGUUUAAACCAGCAAUCCAGAACACAGUUGCAUACUCUAAACCGAGAGAGGCAGCAGCCGACUAAGAAGCAUGGACAUUUUUCAUCUAUUGACGGACAACCUGUUCUUGCAAAGUCCGGGCCUUCCACUGUUUUUGGACCUUCUCCUGGUAUAAAUACUGCCCCAUCUGACAUGGAGGAACCCAAACAGUCUGCAAGACCAGGGAAAUCCACUGUUUCCCAAGUUCUAGGAGGUCAGGAGGAUUCAGUGCUGGCAAAAUACAUAGAACGUUUUCGCCAUGGUCGGCCACAGAGUCGAGACGAGCGCCAGCAGGUGGCUUCUGCCAGUGGAGAGGAGCAGGUACCUUUUUGGUGGAUGUCACAUUCAUCACCCACCAGUUCAACACCAACUAAAACAGAAAAAGAUAUUAUCCAACUUCUGAAAGAGGACCAGGAUCCUGCCAUUUACAGUCCAUCUGCACAGCGUCACCAUAACAGAACCCCUUCUCCAUGCAGAGGAUCCAAUAGUCUUUUGUCCGACACAUCCCAGGUUGAAUUUGAUGACAUGGAGAUCCUGCACCUCCAAGAAAAGGCCAGCAGACUACUUCUCAGAGGUGAAUAUUCUGUCAGUGAUGGAUCCAUCCCUGUCAGCUCAGAGGGUCUGGGAUGCUCAGAUUUCUCUUCUCCCUUCAGUAUAGAUGAGCCAGUAAAACAACCUUUGAUUCCUAGUUUUAUAAAGAAUACUAUUGCAAAGGCCAGCUCAGACUCUGCUCAUGCUGUGUCCUCCCAAAAAUCUGUCAUCCCUUCUUUGGUGCCCCCUACCCGUCCAGAAGAAGACAUAUUGUUCCAGUGGCGUUUAAGGAGGAAGAUGGAGCAAGCCAGAGAGCAGCCUCUGUCUGUGCAGGCUUCUAGUCCUUAUAUGUUUAGCCGGCAGGCCCCGAAGUUAAGCUAUCCCUCAGUUAUUGAACAAGUUCACAAGGAACAGCAGGGUACUCAACCUCCUCAAUUCUCGCAAAGAGAUGCUCAUCCACACAUCACUGCUCCCCAGCCAGAAACCACAGAGGCCCACAGAUCCUGUGCCGCAGCUCCUCCAUUCCCCGCCACUGCUGUUUCUGGUUCAGUCUUUCAACCGCAGAGCAUCGCCCAUGUUCCUGCACACAUGCAUUUACUCUGCGACGUUUUGCCAUGUCCCAUCCAGUCAUCUCAUGCCAGAACACACCAGAGCAUUUCACAAAGGUUGGACGAGUCACAAACCAAAGUUGCUCAUAAAAAGACCCAAGUCCCCGAAAGCUCAAUAAAUAAAUUCAGAGAUUUGCCUGUUUGUGAACGUGUGUCAUUCACUCCACCCGCUUCAUCUGAGAGAGAGUGGCCUGAUCACCAAAAAAUAUGUGAGAGGAACAGGCAAAAGAAAACAGGGACAGAGUCUGAGAUGAAUGGGAAAGACCAAGCAGUGCCCGUCAGACAGCAAAAGAAAUCAGCAAGGAGUUCAUCAAAUCAAAAACAUCCCAAAAAGGUCACAUCAUGUAAAGAGCAGCAGCAACCAGAGAGAAGCCAGGAGUUUCCUAGUAAAGGCUGUGCUGGUCAUCAUGGACCACCACAAUCUCCCAUCCACAGUGCCUUAGGACAGGUAGUUUCAGAGGUGUUGUUUCCUACGGUGCAUUCAUCUUCUGUACAAAGGGUUCCUGUUUCAGCGGCUUCUCCUCCCUCUGCUGUCUCUGCACCUUCACAAUCCCCAGCACCUCUAAACAAUGCGCUGAACUCUAUGGAGGUCAUUUCACAGCUGCUGCAAGAGGCCGAGGAUUCUGAUGAAAAAGAGUUUGAAGAUGAUCCUUUGCUACAAGUUCUUCGCAAACAGAGAAAAUGGGUGAAGGAGCAGAUCGGUGAAGUGGACUCCCUCUUGGAUGAAUUCCUGGAAAAGCAACAAGUUACUUGAAUAAUAGCAAGAGGCACUUGGGGUGUAGUCACAUUGGGGUUUUUUAUUAUUUUAUAAAGAAAUAAAGUUAAUUUUUUUUUGAGGAAAUGUUUCUACAUUAAAG